AUGUGUGAGGACGAAGUUUUUGAGCUAGCGAGCGAGUUAAAGCACCUACGUGGAAACAGUUUCAAAAAUCCAUUUGCCGAUGCCGUGCCGCGGCAGACCGAAUAUCACUGUGCUUUCCGAUUCGAAGGUGAACCUGUCGAAAUCUUGUUCAUGUUGCUAGUCAUCGAGACGGAAGGCAUGGCGAGACGAUAUGCAGGCCCUGAAAAUGAAUGUGUUCUUGACUCUGAGCCCGUUGACAUGGUUAUCCGUGCACCGGGUAGCCGAACAUGGCACACCAUGCUUUAUUUCGACGAUGACUGA